AUGGCAGUCCCAAGUCCACGCGCCCUUGCUAUGCUCCGUGCCAUCCUCCGAGCGCCGAACACAUCGACCGCGUUACUCUUCGCCCGUGCUAUCUACUCCGAACAACCCCAAAGACUGACCGCAACACAAGCCCGCAACUUCUCCAUCCUAAACCGCCCACCCCCAAACUACCCAGGACACGUCCCACUUACGUCCAUCGAACGCGGCGCCCUCGCCAUCGGGUCAGCCUUUACCUCCCUGAUCGAUCCGUACCGGCAUGACAUGAUCGCCGCCUGCGGCGAAGCCACCGCUCAACCAUUCUUCAUCGCAUCCCUCAAGAAGCGGAUGCUCUCCGAUGCCACGGGCCGGCGCAUCCUCCGCGACCGGCCGCGCAUCACUAGCAAAACCAUGCCACUAGAAAUGCUCCGUCGAUUACCCGAAAACAGUGUGGGCAGGACAUACGCCGCUUGGCUCGACCGAGAGGGCGUGACGCCAGACACGCGCGACGCGGUGCGGUAUGUCGACGAUGAGGAGGAGGCGUACGUGAUGCAGCGGUACCGGGAAUGUCAUGACUUCUACCAUGCGCUCACGGGCCUGCCGGUGUUUGUGGAGGGGGAGAUCGGGUUGAAGGCGUUCGAGUUUGCGAAUACGGGGCUACCGAUGACGGGGUUGAGUUUGUUUGCGAUGUUGAGGUUGAAGCCGGCGGAGAGGAGGAGGAUGUUUAGGACGUAUUUGCCGUGGGCGUUGAAGAAUGGAUGGCGCGCGAGGGAUGUGAUUAAUGUGUAUUGGGAGGAGGAGCUGGAGACGGAUGUGGAUGUUUUGCGAGAGAGGUUGGGGAUUGAGGCGCCGCCGGAUCUGAGGGAGGUGAGGCGGAGGGAGCGGGAGGAUAGGAGGCGGGCGAGAGAGUUGAAGGAGUCGUUGGGUAAUGCUUGA